GUCAGUGUGCGACUUGAUUUAAAGUAAGACGGGAGGAGGUCUUGUCGCGUUGGGUUAAAAGAAGUUGCGCGCACGCGUGUGUUUGUGUGUGUGGAAGGAUCCCAGGCACACCAAGAGGGCCACGUUCGAUCGCUUUGCUGACAAGGGGCAGAGCGGGUACGAGUUGAUUUAUCAUUCGCGUGCCGCCACAGCAGGAUCAUAACCAAGUCCCCAAGUUGCGCACCACCCGCGCACUGCUACAACAACAACUACGACAGAUCAGAUCAAGUUUGAACUACUACAGACUUUCCUCGUCGCAGAGUUUGUGGGGUUAUUUUUCGGGGAGAGUGGGGAGCGUACGCUGUUUUUGUUUCAUUUGGUAUCUUUCGGCGACGGAGGUGGUGCAUCACCUCGACUUUGUGAGAUGCUGGCAAUGGCAGAGUGGCUGCUCCCAGCAGCUUUAAGCGAGGAGGCGUCAUGGCUCACGGUGUCGGACGACGAGGAGAUGCCAGUGUCAAACUCGACAUACGCGCAGGCGACCGCGACGUAUGCCUUGCCGUCAACCACCGUCAAGAUGCAAUGCUGGGCUCAAGUCAAGUCAGACAUGGCCAGGCUGGACACGCUGCCUUCCCUGCUGGAGUGCGGAGGGGCAGUGGCGCCCGGAGACACAACUUGGGCCACGUGCGGACAGGCCGGCGAGCCCAGCCCCGACUACCCGCGCUACCGGCAGGAGGGACCAUGUGGCUCAAAGACCGGUCUCCAGAGCUCUCCUUCCACAACGAGAGAUCACAUUUCAAAAUCGAGCUACAUCCCACAAGCGAGCAACGCAUUUCAGAACACGCACACUGAUGGACUGCAAGGCGAUGGGUGUCUCUCAGUACAUUUGCAGAGAGAUCAAGAGCUCUCGAACCAAAAUGGCUACGGCAGCGACGCGAUGUCCUGUGCAACCGGCAGCCUGCCCGGCACGCCCAACCUCGCCUACGGCGGCGCGCAGCAGAUCUUCGACUUCCCGCCACUCUACUGCGCCGCGUCCGUGGACGCGCCGUCCUACGGCUCGGCCGACGCGAACCGCUCGCUGUACGGCGCCGCUGUGGCCGGCGCCGCCGCGCCGCCCCCCUACGAGCGAUGCCAACUCAAGGCGGGGCCUGCGCUAGGCCACCAGUCCGCGGAGCACCUUGCGGGCCACGCGCCCACGCACUCGCCUCCGCCCUACGGCCUGCACUACCCGCGCCGGGCGCAGUCCUUGCCCGAGCCGCUGCUUCUCGUGUCGUUCGACGGGGAAGGACGCGCCAACUGCAGCACCGCGCCCCCGUACCACCAGGCGCCACAGGCAGGAGGGCAGGCGACGGCGGCUGCUGCUGCCCACAAUGGCGGCUUCUACGGCGGCGGCCCCUUCCCAGGCGCCCCCUCCUUGGAGGCCUUUCAGAUGAACAAGGAAACGAAGACACAAGAAUACAACAUGGGCAGCAGAGUGGUGAAUGGCAAUUCAAUGCAUCCUGUGCCUCCGGGCCAACAUCUAGGCUUCAUGCAAGAGCAGCAUCGCAACUACCUGCCUGUACAACAAAUCCACGAGCCCUACCCUGCGAUGCGGCCGUACAGCAAUGGCUAUGCUUCCCACCAAUACUCCCCUCACAAGAUCCACACGAUGCAAGGGCGCCAGCAUAAAGUCUACCCCAAGCCCAUAUAUUCCUACAGCUGCCUCAUCGCGAUGGCUCUGAAGAACAGCAAAAAUGGAAGCUUGCCAGUCAGCGAUAUCUACCAUUUCAUGACCGAGAACUUCCCCUACUUCAAGACGGCGCCGGACGGCUGGAAGAAUUCGGUGCGGCACAACCUGUCGCUCAACAAGUGCUUCGAGAAGAUCGAGAACAAGGCGAGCGGAGGCUCCUCCAGGAAGGGCUGCCUCUGGACCCUGAACCCCGCCAAGGUGGACAAGAUGGACGAGGAGAUGCAGAAGUGGAAGCGCAAAGACCCCGCCGCCAUCCGCAGGAGCAUGGCCAACCCCGAGGCACUGGACAGACUGGUUGUGGACAAGGCUGACAAGAUGAGCUCGUCCGUCAGCGCCGGGUUUGCACCCAGGUCCAAUCCGAUGCCUCCGCAGGGAGUUCCGCCGCAGAUCAUGGCGGCGCGACCCGCUGGCUCCCCACGGCGGUCCAGGCUGCCUUCGGAUGGCCCUGACCCGUGUCAGGUGGCAGUGCUCCACAGUCCCCAGCCCGUCGUCUCCGCGUCCUCGCACGGCACGCCGGAACACGGGCAGGUCCAGAGCCAGGAAAACGGCUGCGAUGGUUUGGUGUCUGGAGAUCACAGUAUGGAAGUGGACUCCAUCAACCCCAGCAUCAUCGACUUGGAGAUUCAGAGUAGCCUGUGGGACGCCUACCAGCAGGACAACCUCUCCUUGGAAGGCCUGGGCAAUGCAUCGGACUCCCUGUGCCAUUCUCCCUGCCUAUCGGAGCACGCUGCAUGCAGCGUGACCGACACGGAUGCCCCGUCGCCCGCCUACACGUGCGCUGCCAGCACAGCCGAUUGCAAAGCGGCGGGCGGCAUCAGUGCCAUCUUCAGCACGCCGCCGCUGUACAGCAGCCUGGGUGACGAGCUGUCACUCGCCUACCUCUGCAAUCCAGCAGCAGGGGCUCAGCUCGUCACGCUCAUGUGAUAGCAAAGCCUCGUUUGUGCCCGGAUAGCAACGAGACUCAUUCGCUGGGCGAGUGAUUGUUUUUUUGUUGCAGCAAGAUUGACUGAAAACUUCCGAGCAGCAAGCUUACAUUUUUCUCUUUAAAGCCAUGAAAUAUGUGUAUAUAUUUGCAGUAUUAUGUCCUAAUUUUGCCAUGUUUUGAGCAAAAAAAUUGCGUAUUUUUUUUUGUAGAAUGAACGUAUCUUAACUGUUGAGAAAGCAUUUCUUAUUUUGAUACAAAAGUGUAAUCUGAAUGUCCAUGUGCGUGGCCAUAUCAAUGUCGUGUUCCUUAAGGAAUUACUUUACACGUGAAUAUGUUGCCUUUGUUAAAUGAACUUUUCAGCUACAUGGUCCCAAGGAAGAGGAUGCCACCACCCACAGUAAAGACUUUAGCUUUGUUUGCGUCCAAGGGGCACUCAUUAACUCGUUUCGCAAGGCUGUUGUGCUUGCAGCAAUGUACUCCAAUAGUUUUUUUUUUUCUAAGUAAACGAUAAGGCUUUUCGUUGUCUCACAGCUGUAUUGUAAACGUAUGAGGUUAUAUGAACUGGUAAUGUAAACUGGCGUUAAGGAUCGACCAAAAAUACUGCAGUGUGUACCUGUAUUCGUUAUUAUUUAUGUUUUUUUUGUCCACAAUAACCACUCA